CAUUGACAAUCACAUCAUCUGGAUGCUCGAUCUUCGGUAUUCCGACCUCCUUCACAGAGACCUUGAAUGGCCCCUCAUAGUGCACGGCCUUCAUCUUAUCGCCCGACAUGUUUGUAGAGUUGUUGGAUGUAUCUUCGGCCGGUACCUGCCCUGGAUCGUGGUCGGGGUCGAGGAGCGGAAUGACGUUCUCGCCGUCCUGUGGUGCGCGUGCCAUGGUGGAUUCUGGCUCGUUUAUAUGCGUGCGACAAUGGGAUCAAUUGCGAAAGCGGUUUACGAGGAUUACAAUGCAAGAGGCUUCUGGAUCACGAGUCUUGGAUGGGCCAGAAAACGCCCACCUUUGCGGUUUAUAACCCCAUCCUUGAAGCUCCGCAAGUGGGCGUCAUUGUUGUGAGGGGUGCUGGAGGGGCACCUGCGGAUGCUGGCGAUCCACUGUGGGGUAGCCCUGCUGUUCCAGCCGCAACCGGAGCUAGCAACAGCUCGACCGUUGUUCCACGCGUUCCUGUUUGGCUGAAAGAGGAAUUUGGAAGCUUUGCACUGCGCAAACGCAGCAUGCAUACCCUCGGGGAUAGUCGCCGACCUACGCGUCGUGGAAAGUUGCAUGUAACCGUACAACAUCUUGUCAGUGUUCGAGCCGCGCCUGUUGCAACACCUACUCAACUUCGAGAGCCAGGGCGCUCACAUUCACGAAGUCUGACCAUAAUCAAGAUCUACAAAAUCCUCCAUAAAAGGUCUGCCAGCGGGAGAUCGGGAUGUUCGGCAGUUACAACUUUGACAGUUUUUGUGGGACCCAGGAGGUCUUCAGGCCCUCACGAUCAUAACAGACGCGUCGAACAUUGAACAAGAUGGGGUUGACAUUCGAUACGAAACAUACGGUUGUACGAAACCCGCGGUAGGGUAUCUCGGUAGUCAGAUUCAACUUCAAGCAAAACAACGCCAGAAUC